AAUUUCGGAAGGAUGGUGGCAAAAGAUUCUUUGCUCUUGGAACACCCAGUGAACCUAAGGUAAGAUGAUUGACCAUGGAAGUGAUCAUAAUGAACUGGUGCUGUAACAUACUUGACACUUUAGGCCCCAAUAUGCACAUACAAAUUCCCAGACUGAUCUCUAUACAUUUUCUUAAAGACUUAGUUGAGAGAAUUUAAUAAAAGAUCAAGAGAAUGUGUUUCUAUUUUGGGGGAGAAUUUUUAGUAAUUCUCGUCACCUUUUUACUUAAUUGUGCAGUGAUAUUUUGGGGGAAAAUUGAUGUUGAUCACUCUUGGGUCAACAAAAAUGUAAAAAUUAAGUUGGCUGCGUAGGUUGUUGACGUUUCUGUUUUCACUUUAUUUUAUUACAGGAUUCAUCUCCUUUUCCUGAACUUAAAGCUAGAAACUUAGCAAAGAAAGAAGUUGAUUUGCAGAAAGUUUUUCAUGGCAGGGUUACCUUGGUGUUGUUCUGGUUCCGAGCAUUCGGUGAGGUAUGGCUGAUGUGCUAUGAAAUGCACUGUACUUCGUAAUCAAGGUUUCCCAUUACAUUGUUAUUUACAGUUUUGGCAGCAGUGGUGCAUUAACCUAAUCUAUUUAUAUGGGCAAAGUAAAGAAAUUGUCACUAUUUUUCAAAUAGAAGGUGUUGUCAUGGCAACUUAUAUUACCGUAAAAUUCCGAAAAUAAGCCCCAGGGCUUAUAUUUUUCAAACGCCCUUUUUGAGGGGCUUAUUUUUGGAAGGGCUUAUAUUCGGAGGGGCUUUUCUAUGGAGGGAAAUUUGCGCUUCAAAAUCGAUUGGGCUAGCCUUAUAGUUGGAAGAAAUUUACCAUUUUUACUUUGUUUUAUUUUGUAUUUGAGGACAAUUUUCCUUGUACAAGCCCCCGGGGGGCUUAUAUUUGGAGGGGCUAUUUAACGGAGGGUUUUUUGCCUUAUGAGUUUGGGGGGUUUAUACAAGGAGGGGCUUAUUUUCGAAAUUUUACAGUAAUUGGAUAAUACAAGUUGUUCUUCGCUAGAGAUUUUUUCUGAAUAAGGACAUUUUUUUGAUGACACACUAUGAUACAUCAGGACUGCUUAACAUGCAAACUGAUCAGGGCUCAGUUCAAAGAAAAUUGAGAAAUGGAUUAACCAUAACACCAGAUGAACACUAUCCUGUUUCAAGAUCUUUUUAGACAUUUGGACAUUUAUCUCACAAUAGGAAAAUUGCACAAUGAUACAUGUCAUUUUACAUCAACUACCAGAAUCCGUCAGUUUGUUGUUUUCUUAUGCAAAUUAGAGGGAUUGUUUUUUAAACCUCAGCAGGAUUGGCAAAUUUGACUAAACAUUCCUUUAUGUUUUCAGGCUAUGUGUGAUAAGUAUAGACUUCCAUUUGUGGACAAAUUUCACGAAGAACCUCUCGCCCAACAUUAUGAGGUACUUGUUCAUGUCUGAGUGACGAGUUUUAUAUUUUGACAGCAAUGCAAUAAAAAGAACAUCAGGUCAAAUUUUGGCUUGACUGGGAUUCAAACCCAGGUGUAAAUGAAGGCUCUAAGCUGGUGCAAUAUUUAAUCCUGUGGGGCUUGUGUAAACUUGAAUGUGCAGGAAGAAUGAUCAGCUAUUACUUUUUGAGCAUUUACUGCACAGAAUGACAGUAAUUUUAUCAAAAGUACAAUAUAAGGUCAACUUUCAUUAUUGAGGAUAUCCUUAGGACAGUGAUUUAGUGACUCACGAAAUAGCGGAAGAAAAAUGUCUGUAAAUUACUUUUGCCUGGGAUUCGGCUGCUAUCACUAUUAUUUUUGUGUGUGCAAUAAUGAAGUGUCCAUAAGGCGGGAGUUGAUGGCGGUAGGUUGAAGAGACUGUCUGAAACUAUAAAAUCACAGAUAAACAAAGAAAUAGAGAGUUAGUGGUAGCACUUCCUCUUGGUGGUUCUUUGUGUACCUGAUUCCUGGUCAAAUUGGAAUUUGGAAUUUAUGUUUUUUGACAAGAGGGGAAAACCGGAGUACAUGGAGAAAAACCUCUCACAGCAAAGGAUAGAACCCAUGAUAAAAUCAACCCACUUAUGGCAUGGACACUGGGAUUUGAACCCAGGCCACAUUGGUGGGAGGUGAGUGCUCUCACUUCUGCCCCGCCUUUGCUCCCCACCUCUAGUAUGAGGAAAAGCAAGACAAAGAUUUUUCCCAUGCUCAGAUUUUUUUUAUUUUUAAUUGUUUGCAGAUAAACGUCGUGGACGGACUGUUCUUCAAACCAUUUAGUAGAUUUCUUGAGAAAAAUUUAAGGAAACAAAGAGCGUUAGAAAGACAUGUAAGUUGACAGACGAGUGUGCAUGAAUUGAACGUGUAUAAUCUUCAUAAACUUCUUUCAGAAGCGAAGAGCUGCGUUGUGGUUUACGUGGUGCUUCUUACUGCCACAAGGGGCACGGCGGCUUCGGUCAUCUUGCAAGAAAAUGAUUUACUUGAAAACUGGGCGCAAAUUUGCCUUAACAUCACACUUCGCUAGUAUACAUAAAAGCUGAAACAGAAACUUGAUUGCUUUGUAAAUAUCUGCAUGUAUAACGUUCAGUGUACGGCAAAAACGCGCUAUGAACGCGAUGAACCGCCAUAUGAAGCCCAAACAGUAAUCAUCAUAGCGACCAUGAAAUUUAGAUGCUAUAUGUUAAAAGAUUCGUUUCGAGGAUAUGAUGUUAAAUGCGCAUGGGCUAUAAAGGAUCUUUAAAAUUGGUUGAAAGGUUUUGGUUUAAAAUGGGCGGUUUCGGAGUGAAUUUCGGGCGUUAUUGAGUUAUUAAACGAUUGUUGUUAUUUUGUAUUUUUAGGAUACCUUUCUUUGCUUUAGUGGUAACACAAAACCAAUCAAAGAAAAAUUUCUGGAGAACACAAUUGUUGGACAUGCAUUGUUAGUGGAUUGUAACGGGCUUGUUAGAUGGAGAGCACACGCUAACCCUACAGAUGAAGAAAUCAAGUUUAUGCUGAACUGUUCAAAAAUACUCCUGAAAGAUGCACAAAGGGCUCUUAAGAAUAAUAGGAUAAUGCCUGACCACAGAUAAUAAACACAAAACGCGUUUUAUGCUAACAAAUUGUGGUCUUUUAUUUAAUUUCUCCAUCUGCCGUAAACUGAUCAUUGUUUUCUGAAAUUAACAGUCGUGGGUUUGUCCGCUUGUUUUGUAGUUGUGGUUCUUUGG